CAUCAAUAUAAGUGAAGGUGGAAAGAGAGCUAUGUAUGUAUGUCUGUUUCGAGCUCCUUCCUGCCUAGAUCGGAUCCAGACUCUACCAGAGGGGCAGAGCCUCCUUUCCAGCGCCAUCUCCCUGUCGAAUUCCUCAUCACAUAACAGAUUCAGCUGACCAAAGACAAAAACGAAACGGAAUACAACUUUUCCAACAAAAAAAAAAUAGAAACAAAAAUACGGAAAUUCCAGCCCUUAGAAAAACGAGAGAAAAUUCCGGGAAAGCCGAGCUCGUUCGUGGCCUGAAACCUCAUUGAUUGCGUCCACAGAUCAGUGCUAUUUGGUGGCUCGGUGUUAAAUGGGCAAUGUAACGUCGAGUGUGGCGGCGAAAUUCGCGUUCUUCCCACCUGACCCACCCACCUACGAUGUGUUCAGAGACGAUGACGGGACCCUCAUCUUCACCGGGGUCAACGCCGACAAGAACGUCGACGUCCAUUUGCUCGAAACCAAGGCUGGCAACAGGGUCGUCGCCACCUUCUGGAGGCACCCUUUUGGGCGGUUUACGCUUCUCUACUCCCAUGGCAACGCUGCCGAUUUGGGCCAGAUGCAGGACCUCUUCAUUGAGCUCAGAGCUCGCCUCCGUGUCAAUAUCAUGAGUUACGAUUAUUCGGGGUAUGGAGCAUCCUCUGGUAAGCCAUCUGAGUUCAACACAUACUACGACAUAGAGGCUGUCUACGAGUGUUUGAAGAAUGAAUAUGGUAUUAAGCAGGAAGACGUGAUUUUGUAUGGUCAGUCUGUUGGAAGCGGGCCUACAUUACACUUAGCUUCUCGUUUACAGAGGUUGAGAGGCGUUGUUCUUCAUAGUGCCAUCCUUUCAGGGAUACGAGUUCUCUAUCCUGUCAAAAUGACAUUUUGGUUUGACAUUUUCAAGAAUAUAGACAAAAUAAGGAAUGUAAGCUGUCCGGUUCUAGUUAUACAUGGAACGAACGAUGAUGUCGUUGACUGGUCCCAUGGUAAGCGAUUGUGGGAACUUUCCAAGGAAAAGUACGAUCCCUUAUGGGUGAAGGGCGGUGGUCACUGUAACCUCGAGACAUUUCCUGAGUACAUCAAACACUUAAGCAAGUUUGUGAGUGCAAUGGAGAAACUCUCUUUGGCCAAAGAGAGCAAGCCAUCACUGUCUCCAAAUGGAAGCAUGACUGAUUCAGAUUGCAGAUACACCAAAUGCUUAAGAUUCGGAAGAAGAUGACUAAAUCUUUCUGUGUAUUUCCCAGUCGAGUUGUGAACAGAGGAGAGAAAGCCAGUCUAGGUUCUCACAAGGCGGGCUGUGACAUUGCAUUAAGGUGUGUUUGCUUGCACGAUCAACUGGCUGCCUAGGUAGCUAGCUUAUCUCGUGUGUGACAUGAACUACAGCCAUUUCUGUGAUCACAGUGACGGUUAUCAGUCACCAGCACGCACGAUCCGAGUGGAGUAUGUUCUUUGUUGGGAAAAAGCUUAAUUAGGACUGCUGUCCUGACUUGAUCUGAUUGCAUGUAAGAUAAGACAAAAGUGAAAGGGGUCAUGUAGUGUUAGACUGUUAGGCCAGUUCUUCUGUUAAUACUUUUAGGCCCUCAGUUGCUUGAAAGUUUAUAUCCAGUUGUGUCAAAAUUGUCUUUAAUCCUUGCUCUUGAUUUUGCAUGUGGAAUGGUCCUGAUCUCUAGUUUGUUUUGGGAAGAAAUUAGGUUAGAUUUGUAGUUUAGGAAGGAUGAAGUACAGGUUUGCAGUUGAAUGUUUGAAAAAGUUUGGUAUUUGUGAUUCCUGCAAUAAUUAUUUAUAUAUAUGGAAACGGAAGUAUUGAAUUUUGCACCAAAAA